ACUAAUUUUAAAAUAUUGCAAAAAAAACUCCUCAGCCAGAAGACGAACCUGGAAUCUCCGGCUUUCCGUUGCCUUCCCUAGUCAGUUACCGAGGCACUUAGAGCUUGUCUCGCAAUAUUCGUAUAUUAUAUCGAAGAUAGUCUGAUAAGUUAAUAACGCCCUUCUUCCACCAACGUGAUUUUAACAAUUAAUAAAGAAUCCUAUCCUAUAUUUCCGCACAACAUCCUGCGAACGGCUCUUAUGACCGUAUUUAUAUUUCCUCAGUUUAGAAACUUUCAGAGCCUAAGGAUUCUUUAUUAAUAAAAAUAAUCUUAAGAAAGGUAAGUCUUACAUGCACAGCUAUCGAAGCAGCUUCCUUACCUAUUCAACAAAAAUGCAAAUCCAGCACAAGUUACGAAAAUGCAAAUUGACGAAACAACAUAUUCCGAAGCCUCGAGAGAUUUCUGUUGCAUUUUUGCGCUCCACAAUACUUGACGGAACGCCAUAAGAUAAUUGUCACGUCGCAGUGUAGGAAUAAAUAAAGGAAAUAUGAUGGUCAUGUCUAUAGUUUUAGUAAAGGAAAAUAGAAAACAGCGCUUAAUUGUAUACGUUAAAUUAUUGCUUAAUGUCGUGAUGUUUAUUUAGAAACUUCUAUGCUCCUUUACAAUAGUACGUUAAGCGUCCUAAAAUUAUUAUAUCUAUCUAAAGACGCGCUACACACUUUCAUUGUGCGAUGAUUACAGAACAAAUAUCAAGAAACAGAAUGAAGAAAGAAGAGUAUCAUCCCAUGUCGUCGUAGUGUAUGAUGUAUUAAAUAUAAAGACCGGAAAUACAAAUGAGAAUAAUAGAUUUCUGACUAUAAUUAACAAACAGGAAUUCUUCGAAAUAGCUUGAAAUACAAAAGUCAUUUAUUUCUGCUUAUAAAGAAGACAGUGUAUGCGAUAUUGGGACGAAAAAUAGAAAUUACGACAAGUAGAAAUAGACGGCGUACAAAAAGCAGUCGAAAUUACAAUUUCGUAUCGUUAUCAAUAAUUUCGAUUUAUCGCUAAUACAAACGGAUAGAAAAUGAAUUUUCAAAGUGUGAAUAUUUUGAACAGUCGAGCAAAUAUGAUCUCUGGCAAUUUGUUACCAAUGACAGCCGAUGAUUCGCCGUUUCCAAUGAUCUGGCGCAUAUACAGUGGUUUUGUCUGGUUAAUACAAUUGAUCCAGACGAUCGCGUUGAUAAUUGGUGUUAUGGUAGUGCCAAAAGAAAAAGCUAUAAAGGACGGGACAAUUUGCAUUGUGGUCACCAUAGAAGCGAUUAUCAUGCUCAUACCUCUCUACAUGCGUAAGAAGUUGAUGAGACAGAUUAUCGAGGAGAUGAACGACAUCCUGCGAACCGCGGAUGACAUUAUGGAGGACAACGUAAAAUCGGUCCUGAAACCAAUAAUGGUACCGUUUGUAAUGUACGGGAUGAUUGGCGUGAUAUCCAUUACUCUCUGGACCAUAACGCCAAUUUUGUUAAUUUUCGAAAAGAAUAUCUUUUUCUACGUGGACUACAAUCUGCCGACCGCUUUCAGUACUGAACCGUUCUCAUUUAGCAUCUUGUUCUGGUCAACCGUUCUUAUGACAGUUGGUAGUGUGUAUCUGUUUCUGAAAAAAUUCAGUUUAGACGUGUACAUGAUGCAUCUGGUGUUGCUGCUAACAGCGCAAUAUCGCUACGCGGCGGUGAAACUUAUGAUGUUAUUUCGAGAUCCGCUCGAUAAUGACAAAUCUCGAGAAAAACACUUUUUUACAUCAAAUCUAUGGGCAGAAAAAGAAUUACAAUCAUUAUGUCGAUAUCAAAAUAAUGUUUUACGCAUAUCAUUCAUGUUAAGGAAGCUUUUAUCUGUAAACUUUAGCUUUCUCUAUUUAAAUAACGUUUUUCGCUUCUGCUUUAUAGGUGUCUUGAUGAGUACAGUACCAUCAAUGACUUUUAUGGAAGGAAUAUCGGUCACAUCGUAUGCAAUGGGUUCAGUAACGCAAUUCUUUUUAUUGUGUUCCUCUGUACAAACGUUGUCAGACGCGAGUACAAAAAUGACAGAUAGAGCAUUUGAAGAAGGCUGGUAUCAAUUUGGAACGUCAUUGAAACGUACAUUUAUAUUACUCAUAAUGGCAAAUAAUCUAGAAUGUAAACUUACGGCAGUUGAGAAAUUCAAUCUGUCUUUGCCUUCAUUCAUGACGAUUAUGAAUCAAUCAUAUUCGAUCGCUCUUCUGUUUUUAAGAGCAAAGUAAAAAAACCUUACGCAUUCUU